AUGAGUAGAGUUGCUGUUUUCGAUUCAUUAGAACUGGAUAAUGAAUUACACGAUUUAUACUGGAGAGAGUUUAAACAAAAUUUGAAUAUAAGAAAUAAUGAACAUGAAUGGGAAUUUUUAUUAAAUUCUAUAAUAUUUCUAUUUUCAACUUACAAGAAGGGAAACAAUUUAACCACUACCUAUGCAUUAGAAUUAACUUCCAAUAAUUUAUUUAAUGCAACGAAGAAAACCUUAUUCGUUAUUACAAUAUUGAAAAAUUACAUCAAUAAGAAACUUCAACAUUUGAUUUACAACAAUUCAAAUGAAAGUUUGUUAUAUCUAUUACAUUGGUUUAAUAAAAUUUAUAGCUUAUUAGACCUGAUCAAUUUUUUGAAAUUUUUGAGUUCUUUUAAUAAUAGUCAUUUGUUCAUUUCACCAAUCCAUAGAUUAUUAAAUGUACCAAUUACAAGAACAAAUUUAGAAUCUUCUUCAGACUUUUAUCAAAAUACUGUUGUUUCAAAUUUACAAUUUCAAAAUAGACAAUUAUUAUGGAAUUCGAUAUUGGAAUUAUUUAAUAUGACUUUAUUAAACAAUUCAGCAUGGUUGCAAAGAAAGUUUAAACCAAUGAAAUUGAAAAAUAAAUCAUUAACGGAUUCUACAAUUUGUACAAGAUGUGAUGAAUUUCCAAGUCAACCUUAUCGUUUCCAAUGUUGUCAAUCGUUAUAUUGCUACAUCUGCACAAUAAAAACUUUGGACCUUUCAAUUUGUCAAAAUUGUGGUAAAGAUAACAAUUUAAAAGCUGUACCAUUAUAUUAA